AUGGCUUCAACAGCAUGGUUCACCAUCACCCCACCUUCCUUCUAUUCCAAACCCACCACCCUAAACAGACCUUUUUUCACUAUUAGAUGCAACGCCCACAACCCUCCUAAAACCCAACAAGACCCACUUGCUGUCUACUCAUCAGUCAAAGCUUUCGCUCCGGCGACGGUGGCCAAUUUAGGUCCCGGUUUCGAUUUCCUAGGCUGUGCUGUUGAUGGUAUCGGCGACACGGUGUCUGUCAAGGUGGAUCCUGAUGUUCAUCCCGGCGAGAUUUUUAUCUCUGAUAUUUCAGGGCAAAGUCCUAAUAUCCACAAGCUCAGCAAAAACCCUCUCUGGAACUGUGCCGGUAUCGCUGCAAUUGAGGCAAUGAAAAUGCUCGGCAUUCGAUCUGUCGGUCUUUCCCUUUCCCUCGAGAAAGGUUUACCUUUGGGGAGUGGUUUGGGAUCCAGUGCGGCUAGCGCAGCUGCAGCUGCCGUUGCGGUUAACGAGAUUUUCGGGAAGAGAUUGAGUGUGGAUGACCUUGUUUUGGCGUGUUUGAAAUCAGAGGAAAAGGUAUCUGGUUAUCAUGCUGAUAAUGUCGCGCCCUCAAUCAUGGGCGGGUUUGUUCUCAUUAGCAAUUACGAGCCGUUGGAGUUGGUGAGAUUGAAGUUUCCGCCGGAAAAAGAGCUCUAUUUUGUAUUGGUCACACCUGAAUUCGAAGCACCGACUAAGAAGAUGAGAGCUGCACUUCCUUUGGAGAUAGGGAUGCCGCAUCAUGUGUGGAAUUGUAGCCAGGCAGGUGCUCUCGUGGCUGGAGUGUUACAGGGAGAUUUGUUCAUGUUGGGGAAGGCGUUAUCGUCGGAUAAGAUCGUUGAACCCAAGCGUGCGCCGUUGAUUCCUGGAAUGGAUGCUGUUAAGAAGGCUGCUAUCGAGGCGGGAGCUUAUGGAUGCACUAUCAGUGGUGCUGGACCUACUGCCGUUGCUGUCACGGACAACGAGGAAAAGGGACGCCUCAUCGGGGAACAGAUGGUUCGGGCUUUUCAAAAGGAUGGCAACUUGAAAGCUUCUGCGAAUGUCAAGCAGCUUGAUCGCCUCGGUGCUAGACUUCUUAGUGGCAUUCGUGCAAAUUGA